UUGAGGAGCAGCAGCGCUACAGUGUCUCAGCGUGUUUCACUCUGUCCGUGUUUGUAACUCCAAACAAUCAUGUGAGGAAGCACACGAACUUCACUGGACUGAAACCGAGAGACUCUGGAGACCGCGGGAAACUUCACGCACGCGACUCUGAAUGGACGCCGCGCGAGCUCGCGGUUUAACGACGGGUUUAACGUGCGAACAAACCCAUGGAACCGGAACCAAACCUGCUUUCCUGACCGUCAAAGUACGCGAGGUUUUUAAAGAGCCGCUGGAGACGCAGUAACACCGACGACGCGCUGUGACUAAACCUUACCGGACGAUUUCUGAAGGACUUUGAAGAAUAUCUCACUUGGUUUUGGGGAAUACCUCUUGCAACUUUCAAACGGAGCAAAAAGCUUUAGAUGGAGUGACGCCUUCAUUUAACCAUCAGUCAAGUGCCUCAGAAGGUGGGGUAUGUGUAUGGUAUGUGAGUGUUUACCAUGGUACAGAAGAAACUCUGGCUUCUGAAUGUCACCGUCGCAGCCGCCCUCUCUUUAUUGAGUCUUUCUCUGAGCGCUGAGCUGGUGGUCCGGGGAAGAGUCGGGGGUUUUGCUGAGCUGGGCUGCAGUCUGACACCUGCAUCAGAAGGGGCUACUACUCCAAACCUGUUUCCCUUACAUGUGGUGGAGUGGGUCCGGCUGGGAUACAACGUCCCCAUCCUCAUCAAGUUCGGCGGCUACACCCCACGAGUGCAUCCCAACUACAGAGGUCGUGUGUCUUUGAGCCGCGGCGCGUCUCUUCUGGUGGAUAAGUUGACUCUGGAGGAUGAGGGCUGGUUUGAGUGUCGGAUUCUCCUGCUGGAUAGAACUACAGAUGAGUUUCAGAACGGAACCUGGAACUUCCUGUCCAUCUCAGCUCCUCCGGUGUUCAUAAAGACUUCUCCCCCGUUUUUGGAGGUCAUGUUGGGUGAAUCUCUCGCCCUCCACUGUAAUGCUCAUGGAAACCCCAAACCCAUCGUCACCUGGAGAAAAGACGGAAGCGAUGCUGAAAAACAAGAAGCAGUUCAGGUACUCAAUGAAACCUUGUCUUUAAGCAAGGUUACCAGGGAAACGGCAGGAAUAUACAAGUGUCACGUGUCCAACCCAGAAGGGAACCUUACCCACACCACCCAACUGCAGGUCAAAGGUCCUCCAAUUAUCAUGAUUCCCCCUGAGGACACCACCAUGAACAUGUCCCAGGAUGCAGUUCUGCAAUGCCAAGCAGAAGCGUAUCCUUCUAACCUCACGUAUGAGUGGUGGAAACAAGGACAAAAUGUCUAUCACAUCGAAAUUCUGAAAUCACGGGUGAAAAUACUAGUGGACGGGACCCUCCUUAUUUCGGGUCUCAUCCCUGAAGACUCUGGGAAUUAUACCUGCACACCCACCAAUGGUCUAAUGACUCCGCCCUCUGCUUCUGCCUACCUCAAAGUUAAACAUCCAGCACGAGUGGUACGGAUGCCCCGUGAGACUUAUCUGCCCAUGGGAAUGGGAGGAAAGAUCAUAUGCCCAGUUCAAGCCGAGCCUCCUAUGCUGUAUGUUAACUGGACCAAAGAUGGAGCAUCCUUGGACCUGGAGCAGUAUCCGGGAUGGAUGGUCAAUUCUGAGGGCUCAGUGUUCAUAACCGCAGCCAAUGAUGAUGCAGUGGGCAUGUACACCUGUACAGCCUAUAACAGUUAUGGGACCAUGGGCCAGUCAGAACCUACCAAAGUCAUCCUGAAGGACCCUCCUUCUUUCCGUGUCUCUCCUCGUGCCGAGUACCUUCAAGAAGUAGGCAGGGAGCUGGUGAUACCCUGUCAGUCUCAGGGCGACCCAACCCCUAACAUCACAUGGAGUAAGGUUGGUCCUGCCCCUCGCUCUCCCUUUACAGUCUUAUCUAAUGGCUCUCUGGUUCUGCGUCCACUCAGUAAAGACCAUCAGGGGUCAUGGGAGUGUCUUGCUUCCAACCGUGUGGCUACUGUUAGUUCUUCAACAAUGAUUUUAGUGCUAGGCACAAGUCCCCAUGCUGUUACUUCCGUGUCCGUGGAUCCAGGGAUUACUCAUGCAAAUGUGUCCUGGGAGCCAGGAUUUGAUGGAGGAUACACACAGAAAUUUACUGUUUGGGUAAAGCCAACUGUGAGAGGAAAGCAUGAAUGGGCAUCAAUCCCUGUGCCAACAUCCAAAAGCUCCCUGCUGGUGACCGGUCUGCAAGCUGCCACUAGUUACCAGUUCAGCGUUCUUGCCCAAAACAAGUUGGGCUCUGGCCCCUUCAGUGAGAUUGUCACCAUUAGGACACUGGCACCUCCAACACAAGCUCCCACUGUGGUAACCACCAUUGCGGUGUUGUCCCCUCCCACCUUGCUGUCAGCCAAUCGUACAUCUCUGGGUGUGUUGCUGCAAUGGGUGCCACCUCUAGAGGAGUCUCCGCCAUUAACUUCAUUUGUACUUCAAGCAAAACGGGGAAAGGGGGAGUGGCUCACUAUAGACAGAGAGAUUGCUGUCAACAUGACUGAAUUGAUUGUACAGGGGCUUGUGAAGGAUUCAAACUAUGAGCUGCGUCUUCUGUCUUGCCGGGAAAGACAGUUCAGUGUGCCCAGUGAAUCCGUUGUUAUCUCUACUGAAGGUAUGGAGAUGUAUCCAGCAGCACCCAGUCUCCUGGCCUUUGUUCCUGAGCCCCUGCUGGCUGGUGUGAUUGGAGGCGUGUGCUUCCUGUUUGUUGCCAUCAUGCUCUCUCUGGUGACAGCUUGUGUUAUGAACAGUAGAAGGAAGCAACGACGAAGGAAAAAGAGAGAUGAUAUCCCCUCUGCCUUCCAGAAGAGUUCGUCUCCACAAGCUCACUCGGCUUCUGACAGUCCCGACAGUGUGCUGAAGUUAAAGCUUUGCCCUCCCUUAAACUUCUUUCCUAACUCAUCCUCUUCCGAUCGUUCAGACCGUUCCUCUUUUGAUAAAGGCAGCCGCAGUGAGUACCAGGAUCAGAGAAAGCAGCUUCUGUCCUCAUCCUCUCCACCUCCACACUACACCCAGUUUGAGAGCCACUUUGGGGGAUCGCCAUCCCCUACAUCUGUUAUUGAAUCCAUAUCAAGAAGUCCUGAUGGGCGUUUCGUUAUCCAACCUGACAUAGAAAACUCCACACCAACCCACAUCAAAAAGAACCUCAAAAAGGAGUUCCCACAAUCCCCUGGUAGAGGCAGCGGUACAGGGAACAACAAUGGAUCUUUUAAAGAGACCAACCAAUUGAAUCCUGUGAGUUCAGAAAGGGAUAGACAGAGAAACAUACCCUCAGUAUUGACAGUAGACUCUCCAGAUCCAGAAAGGCCCCCUCACUCACCUGGCAGAGUAAAGGCAAUGGCCAGAAACUUCUCCCGUCAUGGCUGUUUCUACUCUGAUGAUGAGCAGGGUUGCUCUGAGGCAUUGUUGGAAAGGGCCAGCUUUUAUUCUGACUGCAGUGAAAAAAGAGCAAGUGACUCACUGAAAAAAUACCGGAGUGCCAGUCAUAGGGAGGACAUCUUUCCAAGCUUAACCAGGAGAGCCCGAGCUUUAGAGAGAGACAGGCUGCUCCACCAAGCACGUUAUCAGCCCAUCAAUGGAGACAGCCAGCUGACAGAGCCCAGCACUAUGAUAACUCAGCUGGAUGGUGAAAGAGAAAGGGAUAACUUAAGCAAAUGUUUAAAGUUGGUGAAGGAACGUGAGCAAAUGGAGAGGGAGUUAGAACACUACACGGCUAGCCGAAGGGCACAUGCACAUGAGCAAGAACAGAGACGGGCCAAGUCUGCAAGUCCCUUAAGAAAAUGGACAGGUGUUGAGUCGGAAGACCCUAUUUGGAAGCCACAAGACAUCCAUUUACGGCAAAAAUCUAGACCAAGCAGCCUGGCCCAGCGUGUAUCUGACUAUAGAAGAGGCUGUUAUUUUGGCAACACUAGCAGUCCCAUGGAGAGACUUCCCUCUUUAUCUUCCACAUACAUCCAGUGGGACAUAAGCCCUGUGACAUCCCCCACCAGCCAGGUGCCGGUGCAGAGCCUUUCUGAAGGAAACACACCUCGCUCACUCUAUCCUCAUACACGUCAAGUUGUUGCCACUGUUGAAGAUUCAGUUGCAGCAGAUGUUUCUCUUUCACCAGCCACACAAUAUACCGCUCUCUCACUUUUCUCUCCAACCAGGGACAUACCCUCUCACAGUAGAACCAACCUCAGUGGGGCACGAGCUAGACACCCAGAGAACCAACUGGUAAAAGAGGAGCUGCCCAACAUUACUUUAGUUGAGGAAAGAUGGUUGCAAGAAAGAAAAAUUGAAAAAGAGGCUCCAGUAUUAAGAUCAGCAACCCCGGCUCGCUUAAGUCCUCAACCUUCCGAGCUGAAUCAAGUAGUGGCAGGAGAAGAUACUGGUCCUAACCUACAAUACAUUAAUCCCAGGAUUCAAAGUGUUGCAGACAUGGAGGAAGUAAGGGUUGUUCAAAAAGACAGACUGAGUCGAAAUGCAUCAGGAUGCUCCACAUUGCCCUAUGAUCAUCAGAAAGCAGGAGCAAAGGAAAAAGUUCUUGUGAGUGAUGAUUCCAGCUCCAUAUUGCCUUACAGUGAUCAAGAGAAAGAGGGUAUCAGGGCUCGAUCCAGAAAGAGUGACAAAUGUGUCUUCAGUGAAAGCCCUACUCGGAUCUCACCCCUGACCCUGUUGGAAAAUGAGGCAGAAAGUGAUCAGUCAAAUUUUUCGAGAAUGUCAGAAUCAGUGAAAGUUAAGCUUGCUCCUCAAUCUGCCAGGAUGUCGCCACUGCAGACCAGCACUAUCCUGGAAUACCUGAGUCUUCCGGGUUUCAUUGAAAUGAGUGUAGAUGAUCCAGUAGAAAUUACUGAGUCUUCGGAAUCCGUUCAACCCAGUGUCGAGGCAGAAACAGGGACACUGUUAAGAGACGAGCCUGAUGUUGUACCCAAAAGUUGGGAAAAACAUGGUCAGGACCACUCUGAGACCAAUAUUAGUCAGCACAAUGGGGCUGUUCAUGAUCUUAGGACCCUGAACAUUCCUGUAGAACAUGAUAAACCUGGAAGUAUUCCCGUUUCUGAACCAUCUUCACAAUUAGAAUCGAGAGAAAGUUAUGAUAGAUCAGGUACCUCAGACACAAGCAAUAAAAGCUUCUUACCGUCUAAAGAAAAGGAACAGAGUUCUCAGCCUUUACUUUCUCAGCGUUCAGGUUCCCAAAAACAACAAUUUACUCAGCGUGGUCCAGCACAGACAUUAAUUAACACUGCUAAAAGCAUGGCAGCAAUAGUUUCCAAAUGUCCCGAUUCUACAUCUGAACAAUAUGAAAGACCUCAGACUCAGGGUGACAGGACAAACAUGAUAUCCUCAAGGAUCUAUCAGGCUCCAGUGCCUUUCAUGAAGAAAUCAGUCAGCAUCGGCCCCUGUAGGACACUCUCUGGAGUUGGGCAACCACGUCCUUUUCUUAAAAAGUCCAUUAGUUUAGGUUCUAGAUGGGAACAUUUUGAAAAUCCGAGAGCUUAUAUUUCUGAGACCUGUUACAGAGAUGAAUUUCCCCAUCCAGACGUAAGGCUCAAAUCAUACAGUUUGGGUCGUACUCCUGCACGUUACUAUCCCAUGUCUGGCCCAUCAUGGCGAGGAACAGUGCCCUUUCAGCCUCCUAACACAUACAGUCUAGAGAGACGUCAGCAUAUUGAAAGAGCUGACAUGCAACCCCCCUAUCACACACCUGGUCCCUCAGUCCCAGAUCCACCACAACACAUAGAAUCGUCCCUUCUAUCCAGGAGGGGAUCAGAUCCACGUCGACAGGGAGCAGUCUUUCCAGAUUCUUCUAGGUGGCCUCUGUCUUAUCAGGAAACACUCAGGUCAGUUCAGCAUAAGUAUGUCCCACAAGACCCCUCUCGACAUUUUGGCCCUACCAGACCAGUGGCAAGAGUGGACUACCUACAUCCUCCAGAACCCAGAAGGGGUCCACCAAGACCUUUCCUACCCAGAGGUUACAGCUGGCCCUCACCAUAUCAUACAUACUUCCCUCAACGAGAGCAAGACUUUCCGAGACAGGUGGACAAAGGGAUGGCUGCUGCUAGGGGCUUUACAGAGACAGAAAACCGGGAUAUAAGAGGUGAUGGGGGCAGAGCCAGUUAUGCCAGCCAGAGCAGUGGAAGGGGUAGUGUGGGACCGUAUGGGCAUGGGCAUCUACGCCAGUCUCUCUCAAUCACCCCAACCUUACUCAGCUCGCCAGAGACCACAGAGGAGAGUGAGAUGCACAGGGCAGACAAAGAUGUGAGAAAACAGAGGUCCAAAAGAAGAAAUACCUCAGUAGAUGAGAGUUACGAAUGGGAUGCUGUGGAAUGCUCUGUGGAUCCCGACAUCCUGGAGGCCAUGAAGAUGGAGCGGACACAAGCAGGCUUUGGGCGAGGCAAGGAGUACAGGCAAGAUCGCCCCCGCUCCACUGCUGGCCUCCAGGACUUACAGAGUAAACGCCUGUACUCCAUCAGCCCUCCUUUAGUACCCCAGCCUCCUCAGCACCGGUACAGUCGUUCCCUCAGUGAGGCCCGCUUCAAUGCCUUGAGACAGGAGUUUCAGGAGUACCGCAGAGCCCAGCAAUCCUGCUCCCAAGAUUCCUGCAUCCCCCCUGACCCAGACUCUGACUCCAGCUCCGCACUUCUUUAAGAACCUUACCUUGAGCAUCCCAAGAAAGAAGACAAAUUGGUUUUAAAUAAAAACCUAACAAAUCCUGAGGCAAAGGAUCCAGACUUGAAGCUUGGAGCUGAAUAAAGAGCAUUGCCAUAAUGCUGCCAUAAGGUGCAUUCAGUUCCUACUGGUUUUUCUAAACUUGAAAAAUGUACAGUAUAUGGAAUGUAGCUUUUGUAUCUGUGUCUUUUGUUGACUUUGUAUUUAUCUGUUGUCAUCAAUCCCAGAUUGCACUUCAGUCUUUCUAGACUAAAAGUUAUGGUAUAGAAGUACUGUUUUACAGAAAAUAAGAAAAAAAAACUAGAAGUAUCAUAACGUUAUGAUACACAUUUUGUAAAUGAAAUUGAUACAUGCUAUGGAUAAUGGACAUGCUGGAAAUAUAACUGUACUUCCAAAGGGUUCUUACAUUCUCCAAACAGCCGAACCAAAACAACAGUAUAGCAUAAAGUCUGCUUUGACAAUCAGAUACUGCAGCCAAGAAAAUAUCUUUCAAGCAACUGAAAUGUAAGUUUUUGCAAUUUACAUACACAUGAGUGCAUGUAUAUGAAUGUUGCUAUUGCGUAUAUGUUUACUAUAUGUAUAUUUGGGCUCCAUUUCACCAUGUCUUGCAACUAAAUUAAUCUUAAACCUUUGUCAUUUUCAUUUUGAUCAAGUCGCAAAUUCUGUUAUAAUUUAAAGCAAAGAUUCAGUGCCAAUAUUGAGUUAAGAAGCUUAGCCUCCUUUCCUUAAUCAAACUCUCCCCACAACUUGGCCUCUUUACUAUUAACUUUCCCAAAGAAAAACAUAUUUGCAGCUAGUUCUCUUCUAUAAUUAUUCUAUUUCCAUUUCAUUUAAAUACAAAGAACUAAACUGAAUGACAUUAAAAUGGGUAUUCAAAGGGGCUGUAACAAAAAAAUAGAUGCUGAUAGAUCUUGACAUCCACCUCUGGCUCUUUGUCAGUCUGUGAUCUUAGUGUUGUAAAUAUUUUUUUAGUUUUAUAUUAGUUUUUUAAUUUUGUACAACUGUUCAUGAAUGUUUUGGGAAAACAUGAAUCUAUCUUAUAUUUAAGAUGCUGCUGUACAUUUUUGUAAUACAUUUAAAGGUUUUUUUACAUUUUUUUUACACAAGUUUUGUGUAAAAAAAAAAAAAAUAUAUAUAUAUAUAUACCUGUUCUUGCUUUUACAAAAUGUUGUCACUCUUUUGUAUGAUUUGUAAAAUAAAAUGUUCCACUAAUAUGUUAGUGUCCUUUGAUAGGUAACAGUUAUUUACUUGUGUACAAAUAUAUAACAAGUAUGUGGUUUGGUUGUAU